AUGUUCUCCUCACGUUUAACCACCACUGCCCAAUGCUGCCGUCGACAGUCUUUGCGCUAUUUGUCGACAUCAGGGCUCGUAAAUGAGCAGAAAACACUGCGACGACGUGUCAUAUUCUCGGGAAUUCAGCCUACCGGGAUCCUGCAUCUGCAGCUUGGGAACUAUCUAGGAGCCAUCUCGAACUGGGUGAAAUUGCAAAAUGAAGCACAGCAUGAAGACGAUAUUAUCUUCGCAAUCGUCGGCUGGCAUGCUCUGACGCUACCGCAGAACCCGAAGGAGUUGUCGGCAGCACGGACGAACAUGCUUGCAACACUUCUUGCCUUCGGCAUUGACCCAAAACGGUCUGUCGUUUUCCACCAAGACGAUAACCAAUGCCACACAGAGCUUGCGUGGAUACUGAGUUGCAUCACGCCUAUCGGCAAGUUGCGGAGGAUGACAACUUGGAAGUCGCGACUAGCCACGGCGAGGAACGCAAACGACGAAUCUGAAAUCGACGAAUCCAUGCUGAAUGCCGGCCUAUUCACAUAUCCCAUUCUUCAAGCUGCCGACAUUCUUGCGUACAGGGCAACACAUGUCCCCGUUGGCGAGGACCAGACCCAACACCUAGAGCUGAGCCGAGAUCUAGCAGAUUCCUUUAAUCGAACCUUUAGCAAGAGGAAACAGUUCUUCCCUGUCCCCUCACAGCUCAUCACGCCGACCAAACGCGUCUUAUCCCUGAAGGACCCAUCGUCCAAGAUGUCCAAGUCCGCACCGGACCCGGCUUCCCGCAUCGAGUUGACAGACACUGCAGCUCAAAUCUCCCGUAAAGUCCGCGCUGCUGUCACCGAUUCAAUAGACGGCAUCACUUACGACCCCGUUGCACGACCUGGCGCGUCAAAUCUCCUCUCGAUACUCGCAGCCUGCACAGAUGAGCCUGUGCAGGAGGUCGCAGCCCGUUAUGCGGAGAAAGGUCACUCAGCCUUGAAGAGCGACGUGGUGGACGCGUUGGAGGAGAUAUUAAGGAGCCCUAGAGAGGAAUUUGGGAGGCUGCGCCAGGAGAAGGAAUAUCUCGCUGCUGUUGCAAGGCAAGGCGCGGAGAAAGCAAAGGAGCGUUCGAGCAAGACGAUGAGGGAAGUACGGAAUAUGGUUGGUCUGUGCUAA